AGGAAGAGUUUGAUGGCUAACACCUACAGCGACCACAUGGUGUACCUAAAAGCGUUUAUUGAGUGGCAAGAUUCGGUAAAAUAUAGGAGAGAACGACUUUUUUGUCGCGAUUUUUUCAUAAGUCCUUCUACUAUAGAAACUAUACUGAAGACUAGGUCACAACUGCUGGGUCAAUUGAGGGCUGCAAAGUUCGUGCCGACUAAUGGAACCUCGAUUAUGGCGCUGAAUGCUCACUCAGAGAAUUGGCCUCUAGUGAAAGCUGUUAUCUCGUCAGGGUUGUAUCCUAAACUAGCUUUCAAGAAAAGUGGCCAUUAUUGCACUAGGACUGAGAAACGGGUCUUGAUUAAUAAUGCCAGUCCGUUGAGUAAAGUCUGUCUAUCGUUGUGGCUGGUGUAUGACGAGAUGGUCAAAGUGAGGAAUGGGCAUCAAGUUAGAGGGGUUACGCCGAACACGCCCAUCACUAUCUCCUUAAUGUGCGGCAUCAAAGUCAACUACCCCAUGGAAAACUACCUCGAAAUCGACGAAUGGCUAGAGUUCGAGUUCCCCUCCCCGCACAUCAUCUACCUCCGCAAAUACAUAGAAACCAUCAUAAAGAAAAAGCUCCUCAGCCCCACCAACGCCCUCAACGAAACCGACGAAGCCGCUUUGAACGCCCUCGCCAAAGUCCUCAUCCUCGAAGACCGCAGCGCCAACCUCGCAAUCCCCGUGGGCAUUAAGCAAAAACCCAAGUUCUUCGAACUGAACCGACCUUUGGACUCGUCGAGCGACCAAGGCGACUACAGGGCCGUCGCCAACGCCUACAACACGGCUCGCUUCGCUCGCAACUACCCUCCUCCAUCCAACGACCAAUUCAGCCUGAGCGACACUGCCAGCUACUACUCGACGAACGGUUACCAAAGCUACGACAACGGCAACUCCAUGCUCUUCGCCAACAGCUACCCGGGAUUGAACGUGGGCUCCAGGGGCUACCAAGUCAGCCCGUCCUUGUCCUUCCUCAACUUGAUGGAUAAUCCGUCUACGUCUGGCGCUCAAGCGUUACCUCAACCCUCCUUCCCGGGGUUCGAAAACUCGGUUUUUCUGCUGAUUAGGGUGAAGGAGGAGAGCAGCGUUAACAUCGCCUACAGCUCGAACAAGUGGGUGUUCUCGCCGCAGACGGAGAAGCACGUGAUGGCGCUGGAGAAGAGUGGUAAGACCGUAUUUCUGCUGUAUACCGUUCCCAAGAUGAACAACUUCUACGGGAUCGCCCGAUACUUCUGCUUCGAUGAGUCGAGACACAGGAUGUCGGCGGUCAUCGAAUGGGUUUUUAAAACUGUGAUUCCAUACAAGAAAGUCAGCCAUCUGCGAAACUCCUUGAACCACAAUCGGCUGAUUUACGACGGCUUGGACGGUCAGGUCAUCGAAAUGGGGGUGGCCAUGCAGUUGUGGGGGAUGUUUGCCGACAGCAGGAAGUCCAUGCAUGGUCCAUAAAUGCGACUCUUGUUAUUGUUAAUUUAAUAUUCAGAUUUUAAAACAUUUGUAAUUUUUUUAGGAUUUUAUCUUUUUCAUUUUUGUUUUAUAUGUUUCUUGUGUAAGCGUUAAGCAUUGUUUUGGUUCGAUUAUUUUAAGUUGUGAUAGGUAAAUUAUAUUAGAAAUAAUUUCACGACUUCGUUACAAUU